AUGGAGACAGAUACUAUUUACAAGGCUCUCACCAAGGUAAUCUUAAACAAAGUUAAAAAUAAUCAAUUCAUUGUUUGUAUGCUGUAGGAAAGUUAUUUUCACAGUUAGAAUCAGCGUUAACUUAAUAUUGUGUACUGCGUGACUUAAAUAGUCCUUAGACGCAUUCUCAUUGAAUGUUCUAAAUGUUGCUGAAGAAUUUAACGAUACCGUCAGAGAAGAACUAUCCAAGAAUCCAGUGCAUUUUUAAGGAUUCUUCAGUGGUGGGGCAAAAUUGCCAAAGGGCCCAUUUUCUCCUUGCCCUCCCCAGGAUAGUAUGCAAUGGCCGAAGGUGUGAUCCGAUCCCGUAGGCACGAGUUUGCUAGGGGGGUCUGGGGGCAUGCCCCCCUCAGGAAAUUUUUAAAAUUUGGGUCUCUGCAUGAAAUAGCAUUUCCUGCAUUCUGAGAGUGCGUAUCUAUUUGGUUGAAUAAUCUUCUUAUACAGCUUAUUUUGUGUUGAGUAGGGUGGUUGCUGUUAAAAUUCAGUAUUUGGUCAGUGUGCGUUUUCUUACGGUAGACCUGUGUGUUAAUCGUGUCGUCAUCAGUUCCUGUCAACAAAAUGUCAAGGAAAGCAAGAUGGUUGUUAUCAUCUUCUUCUUUCGUGAAUUUUAUAUUUUCUGUAGUAUUGUUAAUAGUAUAUAUGUAUAGUAUGAUUACAGAUCUUUAAAUAUAUAUAUAUAUAUAUAUAUAUAUAUAUAUAUAUAUAUAGAUUGUCUAUAUCUUAAAAUUAAAUAUCGCUACUCUGAGUAGCGAUAUUUAAUUUUAAGAUAUAGACAAUCUAAUAAGCUCUGCUAUACUUUUAGUAUUGAGCACUUUACAUAUCUGGACAACCAAAAUAAAUUGAAUUAUAUAUAUAUAUAUAUAUAUAUAUAUAUAUAUAUAUAUAUAUAUAUAUAUAUAUAUAUAUAUAUAUAUAUUUAUAUAUACUUUUACGCAUUGAAGGACUGACCUCCGAAAUGCAACGAACAUCAUACCUUAACAAGUCGUUCUCAGCUUGACCUUGUACUGUAGCUCAGACGGUAGAGCAACGUUCUAGAAAUGCGAAGGUCGCGGGUUCGAAUCUCAGCCACGGUCAAGUAGAAUUUUCUGCUUGCACGGUUUGGUAUACACUCGUCUGAAAACAACUCAAAAACCGCUACAUAACGUUGCACGAGUGGAAUCGUAAACGUGGGAAACCACAACAUUCACAUACAACAUUGCCAGACUAAUAGCUGGCUUUACGCAUUGAAGGACUAGCCUCCGAAAUGCAACUAACAUCAUAACUUAACAAGUCGUUCUCAGCUUGACGUGGUAGCUCAGACGGUAGAGCAUCGUUCUAGAAAUGCGAAGGUCGCGGGUUCGAAUCUCAGCCGCGGUCAAGUAGAAUUUUCUGCUUGCCCGGUUUGGUGUACACUCGUCUGAAAACAACUCAAAAACCGCUAUAUAUAUAUUAAUAUAUAUAUAUAUAUAUAUAUAUAUAUAUAUAUAUAUAUAUAUAUAUAUAUAUAUAUAUAUAUAUAUAUAUAUAUAUAUAUAUAUAUAUAUAUAUAAUUUAUAUAUUUUAUUAUUUUUCUAGAUUUUAUCGACUUAUUUUUUCAUAAAGACUACGAAGGUGGAAAUACUGUUAAGGUAAGUAAGGUUGAUGUGUAACCAUUGUGUGUAAACCAACAGGCGUUGUUUUAAGAACACAUUUUUAGACUAGAGAUAUAAUAAUGUAAGCCUCUUGCCCGAUAAUAACUUGGGACCGGAAUUGUUUAAUAAAUCAAUUACGAGUCUAACAGCCAGACAUGCAGUAUAGUCAUUCCUACCGCAAAAUAAAACUAUUGAGUAACCGAAAAGAACAAUUCACGAUUAAAUAACAAUUAGUAAAAUAUGUAAUUAUCGGUGUCGACCAAGUUUCGUGUAGUUUUCUUCUCAAUCAGAUCCAGAAUAAUAAACCGAAUCCUUGACAUUGUCUUUAGUAUUCGGCGUAGUGCAUUUUUUAUAAAAAUGUCAAUCCCUUGAAGACACGCUUUAUUGACUUCCACCUAGAAUGUUAACCCCUCUGGGAUUUAUAUCAAAUUAUUUCACACAUUAUUUAAUUUUUAUAAGGAGGAGCACUCCAUACGUUAUUAGAGGGGGUUGUCAAAUAAGUCACGCGACUAAGGUAAAUAUCGCGCAGAUAAUUAAUAUUCAUGAAAUUGUCCAAUACUCCAGUUGCUAUCCUUCAUGCAGCGUCAGCGGAGGUCAUUAAUAUUCAUCAAUAGUCCAGUCAUCAAGUAUCAUGUAGCGGUCAACUAGCGGAUAUUUGCGUGAAUCUAUUACUUACAUGGCAUUUGAUUGGUCGUGAUUGAUUUUGCUUAAUCUUCGUGGGGAUCUGAUUUAUUUGCGUCAUAUAUGCGGUUUCUGAUUGACUCUUUGCAAAAAAAAUUCUCCUCUUUCGUUGGUUCGAUUUGUUUGCUUCAUCUUCGUGCGGGUCUGCCUUAUUUGUGUUAUAAAGGUUUCUGAUUGGCUUAUUACAACAAAAUUCACCUCUCUUUUUGGACCAAUUUGUUUGCCACAUCCAACUAAUACAUACAGUAGAGUGUUUCUUCAGCGCGAAGGUUAAUUGACGUACAGUACCAUAUUAUAUACGAGAAUAUAAAAUAGAUGCGAAUAUGUCCAGUAUGCGUUUAAAAUAAACGAUCACAGGUCUAGAUGUCUAGUAAAGGUGAAAACAGAUCGUUUGAAGAAAAUAAACGCUUCAAUCUAGUUGAUUUGGUGCAAAGAUUUUUAUAAAAUUCACUCGUGACAAAAGAAGUGUACAUCAAUAUAUAAGGUUAGGAGAUUAUGUACUAUCUAAAAUACGAGUAGAUACGAAACGUUUUAUAUCUGAUAAAACACGGCAAUUAGUAACAUACAUGUUAUAAUGUCACAAAGUUUUUAUCUCAACUGCCAAUGAUCAUGUCAGUAAUAUGAGGUAAAACUAUAGCUUUACAGCUGUUGUAAAUUUGGAAGUGAAUGAAUGUUUUAAAUAAUCAUUUCUUAUGCAAUUACUCAAAAUAGUUUGUAAGGCUAACCUUGCUUGUGACGUCACCAUGCCUAAACCAGAUCCAAUGUGGUAAUUUUAGUCAAAAAUGCCAAGAAGUAUAACUGCAUAAAAUGAGUAUCGAGGUUUUCUACAUGAUUCAUAUUUCAUGAUUGUGUCGGUUUCUUUUACUCAUAUCAACCAUAGUGUCUAUCAACCUUCAUUAUAUUAGAUUAACAUUUUCCAAUUACUCCUAAGUAAACAAGUUAACGAAUAAUAUGGAACCUAGAUAAAAAAUUGAGAUUCUGUCACUGCAAUUUGAAAUUCUGUUGGCGAAGAUAUUCCACGACCUGUGAUUUCAACUUGUCUAUCAUCUUUUUGGCUUUCACUGCGAUAAUGAACAGAAAUCCCUUAAAAAUUAAAAUAAAAAGCAGAAGUUGCCGUGAAUAUAAAGGCUGUAUUCCAGUUAAGCGUUUUUCAUACCUACGUAUACGCACAACAAACUUUAAUCUAUCUAAAAAAAAAAAUCAGUUCUAAUUACCUCAAUGUAUCCAUACAGACCAUACUGUAUACAAUCUUUCAUAAAACUAAAUGCUUUUAUCUUAUUCCAUUAGUUAUUUCGUAAGGAAUUUUAAACCGAUUUAUACAUUCCCAGGCGUAUACGUGGGCAUACAAGUGUUAUGAAAUAUUAAAAUGUCAAAUAAUUGUUGAUUGUUUCUCUUGCCGUUUGCGUAUAUCACUUAGUGUAAGUGCGCAAAACCGAUGUUCGAUUUCCUAGUUGUCCAAAACCGAGAAUGCCAACUAAUUGACAUUUUGCUGCAGGCUUACUUGCCCUCUAUCGCUUUGUAGACUAUUUCCAAAUUACACUGUAGUUGUCAGGAACAGCAACACGAAGUCGAGGCUUAGUGCUAUUGUCUGUGGAUUUUUACCGUUAUUCAGAAAUAAGCCUAUAUUAACUGAGCUGUUCAUGACGUGAAAUAUCCACCACAAUUUAGGCCUAAAUAAAAUUUGAUACUGCCCUUGGUGUUUAUGUAUCUCUUUUUCAGUUCUUUCAAAUGAGACCAACUAAAUUUUUAUUGCUAUGUCCCUUUAAACCCAGUUCGCACGAGCUAAUCUUCUAUACGACACAUUUUGUGACAUUUGUUUUUUUUAUGUUCAAGCCUAAUAUGUGAUAAGUUGUCUGUAAGAAAGAAGCCACAUAUAGGUGGAGUGUUUGUAUUGACCCAAAGAUGGUUGGUAACCAAACGCUUAAACAAUGAAAAUAUAUUUGUUUUUUACAGUUGGGCCCAUCCGAGUUGAUUGAAAUUGCAAAACUGGCUUUGGAAAAAGGAGAAUUAGAGAUUGCGGAGAAGACCUUGACUAAGGCCAUGCGAACAGUUAUGUUGGACAACUCCUGUCAGCGGAAUCCCGAACCAUAUCUCUAUUUAGCCGAAGUCCUACAGAGAAAAGCAGAAGAGAAGAAAUUGGAGCUGGUGGAGAGACAACGAUUUCUGCUUCAUGCCGCAGCAUUGUGUAAUUUUGUACGCAAUUAUUUAAAAACAGAGCACGUGGAAGCCAAACUGUCGAAAACACUAUCGACAAUUGUCUCUCGUCGGCUAUUUGAUAUCCAGGACAACAUGGUUUUAAUGGUUGGAGGAAAUUCUCUUCAUUGUAGAUUUGAUUCAGAACUUAAACGAAAUGAGCUGAAAAAAUUAAGAGAUGACGUAGAAAAGUCGUUGGAGUGUAUGGAGUCUCGUACUAAAUCGUCUGAGAACCAAGGUGUGCGGCAAAUGAUGAAAGAUCAAACGGAGCAGGUAAAGAGGUUAUCUGAUACAAUUUCGAUUAGGAUGAAGCAGUUCUUGGCAGGAAUCAUUAACGAAUGUUUGGAGUUACUUGGAACACCACCUUGUGAUUAUGAAGUCAUUGUACUUGGGUCUUUAGCAAGAAAUGAAAUGACGCCGUACUCCGAUUUUGAAUGGGCUAUCCUCACAAGUUCAGAAGAGGAAGAAUGUAAAGUAUUCUUUCGAAAUUUAACAAACUUGGUUCACUUGCAGGUAACCAAGUCUUCAUAGUCGUAUAAAUUUUAGUAGCCUUACUCUUUCAUUAAUACCCUGAAAUCUGUUUAUACUCGCUUGUGCAAAACGAACAGUACUAGCAGAGUAUCUGAACUUUUCCAAGUUUGAUAUCAUUUCACAGAAAUCGUAAAUGUCUUUCCUAAGAUUUUCUUUGACUUUACGGUGCCAUUGGAUCUCAAUUUCGCUAAAGUUAGAUUCGCCGUACUGACUAAUUUUAAUUUGUACAGUAUGUUUCAUACUAUUCGUAAUUAAUUUAUUACAUCGUGGCAGUACCAGUUUAACCUAUGUUGUAUUAGAUGCUGCUUGUGAUUUGACCCCUUCAGCAGGGUUUUCAUAGCAAGUUUUAUUGGUAUAUCAGUAAAGUCUAAUGACCCUAGCUAGUAUUACAUAUUUCCUUCGAUACUCCGUGUCUAGGGAUAUAUCUACUACCAUUCGCCUCCACUUUGACAACUAGUGGUUAAAUAUUAGCCAUCGUCCUUAUAAUAUUUGCUAUUUCCUAAUUGCCCUUGCCCCUAUUGCAAACUUCGUUUCUAAGUCGUUUGGAAAUUCGCAACGCAUUUCCAUUCUUCCCAUUUAAAUUUAAUUCCCAAUCCUUAACGGAUUUUUCAACACGUCGCGAAAAUACUUGAAAUCUACUGUAAUGAACAUACGAGGAGAUGGAAACUGAGGGGAAUUAUGUGUAAAAUUACAGAAUGAAAAAAUGAGAUAAGGAAGAUAUUUAGCAAAUAGAAAAUGGGUAAAGUGACGAGUGGGAACAGAGGAAAAAUUAUAUGGAUAGAGGCGAAGGAGAGAACAAACUAUAAAUAAUUAUAUUUAAUUCGAAAAAGAAACAGGGGGCAAAUUUCACUUCAUUUUUAGGUUAUCAACUCAUUUCAGGUUUACAAUAUCUCAGCAAACUAAUUAUUUCAUUUCAGGUUAUCAACCUUGGAGAAACUAUUUUACCGAGUAUGAAUAUCCAAUCAAUUAAUGGAGGAUGGUUUUUUGAUGACAUAACAGCAAGAGGAGUUUCUUUUGAUGGGUUUCUUCCACAGGCGUGCAAGACGCCUUUAGGAAAUAUGAAAGAAUUUGAUCUGAUUCAUACACCUGAGAAAAUGGCAGAUUUCCAGAACAACGAUUGGUAUGUGAGAAAUUGGACCUUAGGAGACACCUUGUUGACAAUUUCCCCUCUUCAAUCAGAUAAACAUGUACUGGUUGAUGCUUAUCGAGAGGAAAUUGCUAAAAGCUUGUCUAGUCCUUGUGAUUUAGAAACGUGUGAACAUGAUGCUUCGUGUGGUUCUUGGCCUAGCCGAGGAUCGUGCCGAGGGCUGAGCACUCUUCGCGAAGAUUUGUCUCGUUAUGGAGAUGUGAUGACGGGUAAUAACGACUUGGAUGAUGGAAAAUUUUAUGAUGUCAAAAAAGAAAUUUAUCGUUUACCAGAUCGUGUAUUUGCUGCACUAGCAAAAUGUUACGAAAUUGAUGCAAGUGGAGUUUUUGCCAUACUUGAUGUACUGUACAAGAGAGCAAUAAUUUCGUCAGAAGCAAGAGAUAAUUUUGCAAGUGCAUCGGCCAUUGCAAUCAAACUAAGAAUAAGUACGUAUAUUAAAGCUGGAAAACAGGGAGAAAAACUCAUGGCAAGCUCAAACGAAGAAACAAAGAAAUUGACUUCUGUUUACCACAUGCCAAAUGAUGAACAGCUGUUUCACUUUUUCUUCAUUGCUAUUCCUUUGUAUGAAGAGCUACAACAGUUUAAGGCAGCAGGAUGCGUACGGCCGUGCCUUGUAAACCGUUCAUUCUUUGACGAUUCUGACGUCACGAUGGGUCAUGUAUACUGUCGCUUGUUGAACUAUGCCGAAGCUCUUAAAUGCUACCAACGUGCUCUUCAGCGGGAUUCAGAGAAGUUGAGUAUUGAAAUCCGUCGAAUAAGAAUUUCACUUUUUAUUACAAAGGACACAGAAGUGACGGAAAAGAUUCAAGAAAAUCUAGAUACCCUAUUGUGGAAAAUAAACCAAAGUUUCUCUCAGUCGCAUCACAAUAGCAAUCAAACAAUGGUGGCAACCACACCAUUUAUCAAUCUCUUGGAUAUGGAGGAAUGUCGGCAAUUGCUAGAAGUGUUGCUUUUUGCUUCCUCGUAUUAUGAUUGUCACAAAUAUUUUGUAUUGGCGGAAAAGAUUCUGGCCCAAUGUCUCGCGGCAGAGAAAAGCAAACGCAGUGCUGGAAAAGAGCUGCUCAUGAUGAAAUUUGCGUUUAUGAAUUUUUACACAAAACAUUUUCACGAGAGUCUGAUUCAGCAACACAAUAUUGACGUGGUCACUUCUGAACUGACUUCUUUGAUUGACGAAGAGGGCAUAAACACUAAAAGCAUCGUGUGGUUAAAUAAGCUUGGUGAGUUUUUAUUCAUUCAGGGAAAGUUUGACAAAGCUUAUCGUUGUUUUCAGAGAGCACUGAGUAUGGAAUACCUCCUAUACGGAACCAAACCUAAUGUAAAUAUGAUGACAUCGUUAAAUUUUCUUGGGAUGACCUCUAUGUACUUGUUUAUGUAUAUGGAAAGCCAAUUUUACUUUGAAUUGUUGUUGCAACUGUAUGACGCAUUUGGUGGACCUACCGCUAGAUUAAUGGUUAAGCAUACUUAUUUGCAGCUGGCGUUGUUGGGCGUCCCAAUGGGAUAUUCUGUGGAGAAAACUGUGCGGUACCUCGAGAACGGUUUAAAAGUAACCACGGGCAUCAGAAAUGAUACAGAAUUAAUUUUAGAUUGCGUCAUAUACUGCCAAUUAGCCACUACAUGGCAUGACAAACACAACUCUGAUCAAGCUUGGAAGUCUGCUUUGGAUGGGAAAACCUGUCUGAGAAAUAUUGUUGGAGUACAAGCCAGAGUAACAAUGACUUGUUUGAUCGCUAUGACCUUGGGUAAAAUUAGGAAAACAAACGAAGGAAUUGGAAUAUUAAAGGAAGAAGUUCAAAAACUCAUGUGCAAGUCUCAUAUGGAACAAAGAGCCUUCUGUAUGAUGAACCUUGGUAAGCUUUGUGAAGAGCAAGGUCUGGCGUCAGAUGCUGAGAAUUAUUACAAACAGGCACUAGACGUUCUGGUUGAGAUGCAGAAUGACAAACAUAUUUUUUAUAUCUUAGAGUGUCUUACUGGUAUUUCCAAAACCAUUAUGGUGAAUAGCAGGGUGUCUGAAGCAAGAAUAUUUUUGGAUCAAGCUUUCAAUUUAGCAAAAAAACUGACUGCGAGUAAGAAAAAAUGUUCUUUUCUGCAGGAGAUUGGAGAAUUAUACCGUCAUCUUUGUGAUAUCAAUCGUGCUCGACAGUGUUUUGAUGAAGCCAUACGAACGUGCAAGGAAUCGGAUAUUGCGAAGAAACUCCCAUUUAUGCAAUUUCAGUUGGAGGUCAAGCUUGGAGAGAUGGCAAACAACACUUCUGCUGUUGAUUCAGUCGACCAUGAAAUUGGGAUACCUUUAGAACAACGUUUGGAAGCUCAGCGAAGUCAUUAUGAUCGGGUUGCCGACGUCUUACGGCAACAUGUAGCGACCGGACAAGUUGACUCAACAACUGUUAUGCUCUUUUUAUCAUUGGCUUCAAAAUUUACAUCAGUGGACUUAGAUGAGAAGAUAGAACUUUUGCUAGAAGCUUUACAAGUUUGCGAAAUCGUGUACGGGGCAAACAAACCAAAUGAGAUGAUAAGCACAGUACUUGGACAGAUUUCGGACACGUACUGGAUGGCAGGAGAUAAGCAAGCCGCUACGAAGUAUAGAGAGCUUCUGUUAAGAAUGGAGAUGGAACUGCAUUUACCAAACCCAGUUCAUAAACAUAUCUCCCACAAUUUGGCUAGCCUGUCCCUUUGUUUUUUGGAAAAUCCCGGUGAUAUUGAUACUAUUCAACGUGCAUAUGAAUUCCUUUUAUUUGCUCAGAAGGACACGCCUCCAACAAAUAGUGCGGCCAAAGCAGCUGCUGCAAGAUGUUUUACGUCUCUAGGUGUAUUAUUCUACGCUCUGGGUGAUCUAGAAAAAGCAGAGACUUUGAACGAGAUGGCAAGUCAGAUAUUUAGUGAAAUUUGUGUUAAAAAAGAAAAACUAUUGUGCAAAACAACUUGCGAAAUUAUGAAAAAAAUCUUAAUGAACUUAGUAAUGACGCAAAAUAUAUUACCAUCGCACAAGAAAGAACUUCUUACAUCGAUUAUAGAGGUAUUUAUUGCUGAUAAUAACGUUAAGACAGGAGAUGAAGGCCUCUUUAAACAAGCAAUUAAUCCACGUCAAUGUGGUGGUUUUGAAGAGUGUGGUAAAGAACGAUGCGGAAUCACUCAGGCGAUUGCAACAGAAAAGGCAUCUUUAGAUUCCGUAGAAGAACUUAGUUCUCUGCCGACGAAUCAUAAAAACCUUCAACAGGGAAUUUACAGCUGGCGUACUCCCGAUCUGGAACGUCAAAAGGAACGGCUACAAAGUACCUUGGAUGAGGAUCCAAAAACUUCGAAAAAUUGUAGCAGUGGUCGGGAAAAUUUAAAGUCAUUCAUUCGUACAUCGGUCCAAAGUUCCGAUGGUGUGAAGCCAGGAGAAGGUGACGAUUCUGAUUCUAAGACUGUGGACGUUUUGGCGCAAACUCUGUCUCAAAUUUGUAUCCCUGUUAACCAAGAAUCGUUACCUGAUGCUUUGGUCAGUCCAGAUUCGAUAAAAUCCACAACUGAUUAUUUGUGUCGAAAACUGGAUUUAAUUGAGUCAAAACUACCUUCGCUGGCAACUCUAACAGAUGCACUCGAGUAUAACAAGAAGAUAGGCAAUCUCCAACAGGUUGCAAGAAUAAGUACUUCUUUCCAAUCCCAAUUGUUAUCCGUUCACGAAAACUGCCCCUUCGAUAGUGGUGAAAAGUUAAUCAACGAUGCAAUUAAAGAAAAAGGAGACAAUAAAGCCGAUAUUGCCGUUAGAUAUUUAGAUCUUGCUUCACAGCUGCCAUCUAACUGGAGCAGAAAAGCCCAAAUUCUUAAAUUACGCGGGGAAUGUUAUUUGUCCAUGGGUGACUGCCGAACCGCUGUAAUUAAUUUGACCGAAGCCGCUCGCUUAUUUUCCAAUGAGGCAUUAGAAAACCGCGAUUACCUGUAUCAAUAUUUGAAAGUAUUGAUUGGUUUAAUAAAGAGUGAGAUGCUCUGCCAGAAUGUAGUAACAGCAUGGAGAAUCUGUCAAGAGGAGAUAAAACUGGUGUCUGAUCAUGAACUUGGAGAAACGAUACAUUUUCAAACAGUGGAGUUCUUUUACCUUGCAGCAAAAUGUGUGGCUAUUUUGUCAGAAAGUGCAGAAAAUAAAGAUGAUAAGCUUGGCCAAGCUUGCUCUUUGUGUCAACAAGCUCUUGCAUUGAGCCACAAAAUUGAUCGGAAAAUGGAAGGAAGUGAGUUGAUGGAAGAACUUGGAAACUCGGAACAUGGAGAAUUUUUUGCCUUGAAAUGUGAAAUCCAACUGUUGUUAGCGGCCGUUUUCCUAAAGUUACAAAAAGAAGAAGAAGCAACAAGAAUUGUGGAAGAGAUGAAGGAAUUUUUGAUAAAUAUCGCCGUUGUCUUCGAAUCCUUUUCUGAAAAUUAUAUGGCUGGAGGCACGCCUGAAUUUCUAAAAAUAUCUCGUCGCCUGUUUUCAUGGAUUGGUCGAGUGUUAGUUAUGUGUGAUGAAACAGAAGUAUCUGUUACUUGGCUGAAUAAAUCUCUCUUGGCGUUUUUCUCAGCCGCCCUUCCUGAUACGUUGUCAUUUUACGAAGAAUUUCUACCUUUGAUACACGCAGUCACGAUUACCAAGUCUAACGCCACUCACGAAAGUCGCUCUCCUUUUCAACAGGCUGUUGAUAUGUGUAAAGAAACAUCUGUAAAGCAUUUCAAUGAUUUGUACAAUUUCUACGCGUUUUUGAAGUCUUUGGCAAAUCUCUACCUGAACCUCGGGCGAACAGAAGAAGCAAUUGUUGUGGCGGAAACUGGCUUAGGAAUAAGCGAUUUGCUAUGGGGUAGCAAUGUAAGUGAUCGAAUGAAUAAUCGCAGCAGAAUGCUAUUGUACCUUGCCCAAAGUCACCAAAUAAAUUCAACGAACUCGGCCUGUGAUUGUAGUAAUGAAAUAAGUCUUGCAGAAAAGUAUUACCUUACCGAUCGCGGUUCAACAGUGGACUUUGCGCUUCGAAAGGAUCUAAGCUACGCUAACUUUUUAUGUGAACAAAGGCGUUUCGCUGAGGCUGAUAUCGUGCUACGGGAUAUCAAUAAUUUAGGCAAACUUGUGUGGAAUAGGUUUGUGUUUUGUAACUAUUUUGUACGUGCAUUUUAUGGUCCAGGCGUACAGAAAAGCGUUGAAGUUGACGGCGAACUAUUAGCAACUGUUGGAGACAUAUUGUACAGCUCAAUGGUGCCAAUUCUUGUUGCAAUCGGAAAGAAAGAUGAAGCGGUUGCUGCGUGCGAAAAUUUGACUGCUAACUCAGUAGAUGUUCAUAAAGCAAUGAUCGGGCAACGUCGUCCAUGUGUGCCAUACCUUACCGAAGCCUGUCAUCGCGAGUUAUUGUCUCUUGCGAGUGAUGAAGAGCGAAAGCAACUUCAAAAUUGUGACCUUCCGUUAUCACGAACAAAUCUUGCUAAAUUAUAUUAUAUUCUUAACGAAUACACAUUGGCACUAAAAUACUUCCCGAAGGAUGUGGAAUCACCUGACUUGGUUGAAAUGAAAAUUGCAUGCCUCCGCUUGGCUGGAAAUGAUUUAGUGGAAACGAAUAGAGGAAACGAAUCGCAUUUGUACUUUGUACCAUUCCUUGCAAUGCUUCAAACUAAAGAGGGAUUUUUAGACCAGCCAUUUCAUAACCAAUGUGAAUCUCUUGAAGGGUAUUCUUUUGCAAAUCAAUAUUACGUUUUCCGUUCCUUGGGAAGAAUGCUGUGCGCAAGAGGGAAUGUUGAUGGUGCAAUUAAGUGUUUUGAACGAUGCCUAGACCUCGAUGAAGAUUUUACCUGUGAUCAAAACCUUGUGGCAACCUUGGCUGAACUUUACCAGACAAAGGCGUUAACGGUUGAAAUAAAUAACCAAGAUUCAUGCAAAAGCCAGAUGAACCCUGCUCUUAGUUUGUUCCAGAAGCUGCUUCAUACGACUGGCGAAUUGACAACAUUUGUAGAAUGCUCGUUUGCUUCACUUUUGUCCAAAUUGGAGCGUUACAAUGAAGCCGUCGAACAUUUUGAAAAUGUUAUUAAAAGAUCGGAUGACACAUUUAUUUCGUUUGCAGACGAAGACAAGCCGCUGUUAGACGUUCACCUUCGCCGUGAAGUUGAAGUUAGUGGCAAAAUUAACAUCCCAAUAAAAGUCCGUGCUUUCUACGAGUUAAUUUUAACGUAUAUGAAUUUGAAUGAAGUAGAAAAAGCCCAAGAUAUUGCGCUUCAAUUGGAGAAUUAUGUUGCACGUUUUCAGUCCACUCCAAUAUAUUCCCUGGCUCUGUCUGUGGUAGGGUAUGCACACAAAGUAGUUGGAAACAAAGAAAACGCCGCAGAGAUAUUUAUUUCAGUGUUGGAAAUCAUACCAGAACAUUUGCCAGUCACAGAGGCAUUAGAAAGCUGUUGUAUGUGAGUUUGGACAGGAUGUGUAAAUAGCGUGACAAAGCACAACAUAACUUUAAUGCACGGUUUGCAUUGUAAGCAAACACAGCAGGCGAUUUAAAGAUUCCUUUAUUAUCUACACUAUAUUACCCAACCAGUGAAAAGGUGAUCUCACAAGAAAACGUAAAGAAAUUCCUCACCAAAACUGUUGAUGAUAAUUGUCUUCAAAAGGGUCAUCAACAUAAUAGAUUUUACAAGUCGAAAGAACUUCACGCAUUGAAUUAAAUGUCAGCAUUGAUUGAUGUACGACGUUAGACAUAUAUACCAAUAAAAUAAAGAAACACCGAAACAAGAUUUAAACGAUAUAAAACCGACAAACAUGAACAACGUGAAUGAAAUUAAGAGAUGAAGACACUUCUGUUCCAGUCCGUAUUUCUCUAGACCUCGAACGUCAACAAUUAUAUAUGACAAAAAACUAAAUGUUCACUGGGAGAAGCUUUCUCUGAAGACAUUUGCAAAGGAUCUGUUUGAGGCACAAAUUACUUCUUCCGCAACCUAAAAAGCUCCGCAUUCUUGACUUCUCCACUAAUUCCCCGAGUCGUUCCUUGAAAAAUGUUACAUCAAACAAUAUCCUCACAUUCAAUAAUUCAGAACUUUGACGAUAUGAACCAUCAUACAAUCGACUUUCUUGGGACAUUUUUGCGUGUGAAUCAAUUGGAGCAGAAUGUUAUCCUACCGUACUGAACAGUGAAUUCGUUUGAUUAUUUCUGGUCUUAUAUGUAUUUCGCCAUCUGGCAACGACAACGUCUCAUCUCAUCUCAUUUGAUCACUUGUGGAACACAGGCUCCUCAAAAAUUCGUGGCCUAUGUGAUUGCAAAUAUCUUACGAAGAUUUUAGAAACACAAAUUCGUACAUUCAGUGAUACCUCAGACUAUACGCGUAUAGCUAUGUAACAGUUCCGUACAUAUGUUCUUCUAAUAAAAUACUGGGAGCAUUUCGCUGCGCAUAGUUCUUCAACAAUCACCCAGCCUAAAAUUACCGUUAUUAUAUUAAUGGAAGUACAGUCGUAAAUACAGUUUAGUCACAAAUACAGCUGUAUUAUUCGCAAAUACAUUCCUCAUCAAUCAAAGGACUGCAUGGUUAAAUGACUGUACUCUACUGGAUAAAGAGUAACGAAAAUGAAAACAAUAAGACAUAAGUGCAUGUACUGUCAUGUUGGAUACGGACGAUCUAGAUCCUGUAUACAUUUCCAUCCGUUCCAGAAACACAAAUAACUUUUUAGUCAGAAUGGCCUUCACCUCAAGUAGAACAACAAGAAAACAAUCCUGUCGAAUGCAGACAUUGAAAUAACUGACAGUUGACCAUUCGUGAACAAUACCAUUGUUAAUUUGUUUGUUGUUUCUCUUUCAUCCUAUUGCAGUAUUGAUUAUAGUAUUUGGAAAGCAAUUCUUAUUGGUAAUUUAAAACAGGACGCUAUGAUAUUUUUAAGGAACUUCUCAGAUUCUUAAGGUGUUGAUUAGAGGACUGUUGGAAGUUGGCAAAUGAACUGGGGCCGGUUGUAUGAAAAGUGCAUGCAUGGAUAAUUUAUCCAGUGGAUAAUUCCUACUGUAUGUCUAACGCGCCAUAAAUCUCCUAUCCAAUGGGCAGUUAUCCGCCGGAUAAAAGUGCGUUGUACGAAACACAUUGCAGACAGCAAUAGCUGAAUAGCUAUCUGUCGGAUAACCAUAAUUUUAACCAGAGAAAACCGUAUUUUCCUCAAAUUUCUUAUCUCUACAUCAGCUGUUGCUAGGCAUUUGUAAACUUUUGUUUUAGUGUCUUCUAAUCUUCGUAUAACUUGUGGAUUCCAUGCACUAACCUUUGAACUAUCCACUUGCAAUAAACG